CAGGCGAGUCCCCACACCUGGGCGGUCAGAGAUGCAGGGCCCACACCCAGCAAUAGUGCAGGAAGCAGGAAGACACAGGCUGCAGCGCACGGACCUGCACAUAAGACGAGUGACUGGGUGGAGGUGAAGACUGUCACCCAUAUUCCAGUAUGUCAGCCGCCAACAUUGGGCAGCAGCUGGAAAACCAGUGGAACGAUGUCCUGGGCCGUAUCGCCACCAAACAGAUGUUUCAGUCGGAAUGGGAUAUCGCAGCGUUCGCCAUUUUCUUUACAUUCAUUGGGCUGAUACUGCUGCUGAUUGUCCUGGUUCUGAUCCGAUGUUUCUGUUGCUGCUGUUGCGACUGUGAUUCCCCCGUCAAUAAGAAAAAAUACACACAGAAAGUUGGAGUUGAUAACCUCGCCAUGGAGCCAUAGUCCCGCCUACCCCUGCCUCUGACGGACAGCUCGUGGAGCCAGUGAUAAAAUAUAUCUCUAGAUCCUCCAUUCUCCUCUGCUCUAAUGAAGUCUUUUUGAUUAAAGAUUAUUGCAGAAUUAAAUCUAUUGUUAUUCUCAGAGAGAGAAAAAAAGAACUUUUGCAAUAAUGUUUCUGCUAUAAAAGGUCCUAGAUUAUCGUAUGUAAAGAUCGCAGACUAAAAUGUAUGUAUUUGCAAAAUGCAAUAAUUCUACUGGAUUUCUACAGAUUUGUCUUGGUAAAAGGAAGCACAUUUAGACAAAAUCAGUAACAAAUCAGUAUAUUACUAACGCCUUCAAUGUUUCUUGCAAAAUUGCAGAUAAUACGGAUUAAAUCUUAGCUGUUUAAGAAUGGAUUUAUAGUGUAUCUAGAAUAAAAAAAAACCAUGUACAUACAAGAGAAAGAAACAGUAACCGAGUGGUUUAGCGGUUGUGGAGAAAAUAAUAUAAUCACUUAGGAACAGGAGCGAAUGUACAACAGCGAGUCUGUAGUGAAUGCCAAAUCCACAGUUGUCUCUCUUUGUGCAAGAAAUGUGAAAUCUGCUUACUCACAAUGGGAAAGAAAUAUUCUAGAUUGUUCAGAACAUUUUGUAAAUAAAUUCUAUUUCAUUUAA